AUGCCUGAACCACAGAAUCCCCGGUCGAGUGGUCAUUUUGUAUCAUGGCCUGAGAUAUUUUCGCAGCAUGAGUCAAAUUUGAAUCGACACCUCCAAAUAUGUCUUAUGGUAAAGCAGCAUGUUGUCCAAGAAAGCCCAUCCGCCCGAGUCCUGUCGUCAAUGGUGGAUCGAACGCAAGAGCUGCUCAGGCUGCUGGACGACCUCAGAAUUGAAUUUAUGCCGCAGUGUACUGCAACCAGGAUCCUCUCGAGCAAAUCUCUGAAUAGGGUCGAGGAGCAAAGGACUCUGAAUAAAGAUGCAGCAUUCGUGUGCCACGACCCUUCAAAUUCACAGUCAGCUACACUGAAUGGAAGUACUCGACAUUCUCAUGAUGGAUCAAGCGCGGCUGCUGGGACGCCGAUCCCUCCGUUUGUGUUUGACAAGCGACCUAUACCGUGUCCCCUCCCUCAGCAUUUAGGGGGUAGGAAUAAACGCACAUCGGAUUAUGAAGGCGGAACUGGAAAUAAUGACGAAAUUACUGUUGCCUUGCCGUCAAGGAAGCGGCAGAAGUUUUGCUCAGCUGAAAACGGUGAGGCCGUUGAUGGGGACAACGCGUGUGCAAGCACUUCAAACCGUUUCGUCGAAACUGAAGAUAUCUCGGCGGAGGUCGAGGCGCGACUUAAAGCAAAAGAAGAAAACCGACGACGUAGAGCGGAGAAACGAGAAAAGAAGAGGAAAAGAAGUAGCUCUGGGUCAGCUUCUGGGGCGUCUGGACCCGACCGCUCAUCGCAGCAACGAACCAAACGAUCCAGGGUGCAUUAUGGCGCGGACGGAGAAGAGCUCUCUUCCACUUGUCCAACAGACAAAACAGGUGCUGUGGAACUUUAUUACUCCGCAAUGAUUAACCUAGGCUUUCUUGCUGGAGGCAAAAUCUGA